GUUCAGUGUUCGUCCAACGACGGUGGAAGUUGAACCCUGAACGUGGAGCUAGGUGGUUAACCUGUUGUGGAGGAAACAAAUAACGACAGAUAAGUGUUUCUUUGUUGCACAUCCUGUCGUCGUCGACUUGUAUCGGGCUGUGAACUCGAGGCAACAUUUCGCCUUCGAGCUGCGUGAGGCGUGUCGUCGUUUAGCCACUUAGCAUUCAAAGCUAACGUGAGCUAAUCAGGGAAGGAAAAACAAAAAAACAGCAGACUAUAACAAUGGGGUCGUCAAAGAAACACAAGGAGAAGAGCCGAGACAAGGACGCAGAGGAUCGCCGUCGUGAGCACAAGAAGCAUCGCCACAAGGAGAGAGAGAGAGACGCCUCGGACCGGGACGGGACCCGGGACAAGGAUAAGGACAAACGGAAACGCUCCAGGUCCCGUGAAAGAAGCGGACGGGACCGCAGCAAAGGGGAAAGGAGCGCCGGGGAGCCACGAGUGAAGAAGGAGAAGGUCGAUCUGGGAUAUGAAGAAGGCAACACAGAAGUGCAGCCUCAGUCUGCGAGCGGAGACGCGUCUCUCAGCAUCGAGGAGACCAACAAACUCAGAGCCAAGCUGGGGCUGAAGCCUCUGGAGCUAAAUGAGAACAAGAAGGAGCUCGGCACCAAGGAGGAGCCGCUGGUGGCGGAGACCAUCAACCCUGUUCUCAUCAAAAAGCAGAAAGAUAUGAGAGAGAAGCUCGCAGCUAUGAAAGAAAAACGCAUCCAGAACCAGAAACUGGGAAAAGUCAAGACCAUAGCAGAGGAAGACUGGCUGGACGAUACAGCCGCUUGGGUGGAGAAAAGCAGAAACAUGGCAAAAGAAAAGGAACUGGCAGAGAAGAGAGCCAAACUCCUGGAAGAGAUGGAUCAGGAAUUUGGCGUCAGCAGUCUGGUAGAGGAGGAGUUCGCACAGAAAAAGAAGGAUGCGUACACAGCCCAAGAUCUAAAGGGACUCAAAGUGCAGCACAAGGUGGAUUCCUUCAAUGAGGGCCAGACUAUCAUCCUGACCCUAGAAGACAAAGGUGUGCUUGAGGAGGAGGAGGAUGUGCUUGUGAACGUGGGACUGGUGGACAAGGAAAGGGCAGAAAAGAAUGUGGAGUUAAAAAAGAAGAAGCCUGAUUACAAGCCCUAUGAAGAAGAGGAGAGUGUGGAUGACAUGGUCACGGUAAAGCCCAAAACUGUACUGUCAAAGUACGACGAGGAAAUCGAGGGUGAAAAGAAAAAGAGUUUCCGGUUGAAUACAGGGGGCUUUGCUGACGGGGAGCGAGAGCGGGAGAUUCAAGCCAUGAAGGCUCUACGAAAUCAGGCCCAGACCUUGGAGAUGCCUGCUCUCGCCAUCGCCUCGGAGUAUUACACACCUCACGAGAUGGUGGGCUUUAAAAAGACCAAACACCGUGUGAGGAAAAUCAGGAAGAAGGAGAAGCAGACGGCUGCAGAUGAGCUUCGCAUUGACGACACUCGCAGCACUGAUUUUGGCUCCAGGACACGCGGUCGAGGCCGCAAACAGUUGGAAGAAGAAGCCGAGAAAGUUGAGGAGGAGAUCGUAACGCCCUGCGAGAUCCCCCGACUGUCUGAUGAUGUUAGGAUGGCAGAAAUGGAGAUAAGCGAUGAGGAAGACUUUACUCCUCCUGAGCCAACUGUAUUCGAGGAGGAUGAGGCGGAGCAGGAACUGCAGAAACAGCUGGAGAAGCAGAGGAAGCUGAAGCAAAAGCAGCAGCUCAAAGACUCUGGGGAGAAGGUGGCCGAGAAGAUUAAAGAGCUCAAUGAAGCCGUCAAUGAAAAUGAUCCUGAGCGGAAGAACAACAUCGUUUUCAACGCCACCUCAGAGUUUUGCAGAACCCUGGGUGAUAUCCCAACUUAUGGGCUGUCAGGCAACAGAGAGGACCAAGAAGACAUCAUGGACUUUGAGGAGAAAGAAGAGAAAGAUGAUGCUGGAGAUUCAGAAUCAGAAAUGGAUGAUAAUGUCGGCUGGAGCACAGUUAACCUGGACGAAGAGCAGAAACAGCCAGAUUUUUCUACAGCCUCUGCCACCAUUUUGGACGAGGAGCCCAUUGUCAGCUCCGGUCUUGCUGCCGCCUUGCUGUUGUGCAAAAACAAAGGUCUGUUGGACACUUCAAUGCAAAAGAUAGCCCGUGUCAGAGCAACAAAGGGCGCCUUGCCCAAUGACAACUACUGCAUUGAGGACAAGAUGGGCUUCGACGACAAGUACAGUCGCAGAGAAGAAUACAGGGGCUUCACUCAAGACUUCAAGGACAAGGAGAGCUACAAGCCCGAGGUCAAGAUCGAGUAUGUGGAUGAAUCUGGACGAAGGCUCACUCCUAAAGAAGCUUUCCGUCAGCUGUCACAUCGAUUCCAUGGGAAAGGGUCUGGAAAGAUGAAGACAGAGAGGAGGAUGAAGAAGCUGGAGGAAGAGGCGCUGCUGAAGAAGAUGAGCAGCAGUGACACUCCUCUGGGGACGGUGGCGUUGCUUCAAGAGAAGCAGAAAUCUCAGAAAACCCCAUAUAUUGUGCUUAGUGGGAGUGGGAAAAGUAUGAACGCAAAUACUAUCACCAAAUAGGUCUGGGGGAAGAGUGAAUUAUCUUUAACACAAUCAUACAUUGACACAUUCAUUGAUUUUACACACACACACACACACGAUGUUUUAAGUAAAUGCCUACUUCAUACAAGCUUUGUUGUUGUAGUAAAGAAUUGUCCAAUAAAGUUAACGCA